AUGGCACGGGUCGGGGACGGAUGGCUCGACAUCAGUAGCGACGAUGACCUCGUCGAAAUCCAAGUUAACCCGCCUCAUCGACGCCCAAACAACCUCGACAGCCUGCUGAACCCGCCGCAGGGCUUUUCCCCGGCGCAGCAACCCGUCGGCCUACGACCCAACAGGCCAUCGGACCGCCGCGCGACACGAUGGGAUCGCCCCCCGACGCCCGCACGCCCAGCCGUCAUCGACCUCACUGAAGAGCCCGACUCGCCCGUCGAGCAACGGCCCUCGCAGUCGCAGAACGCCGGUGGCAGGAACCCGCGGCGGACAAACUCGCAGCGCGUUUCGCCUCCGCGGCUUGCCAGAAGCGACAGCACCUUGUUCGCCCCGGUGGCCAACGUCAUUGAUCUGACAGACGACCCGCCCGAGGCCGAACCUCCGCCCCGCCAUCCCCGGCCCUUUGGCCGUGACCAGCUCAUUGAACUCGAGCUCAUCAACAGCGGGGCCAGUUUUUACGGCCCGUUAUCGAGGGGUGUCCAGCACAUGGCUGGUCUCCUUCACUCUGAAAUCUUGCGAGGCAACUUCAAUGUGCCCCAGCUCGACAUCACAGGCCCCUUCAGUCCCAGAGAAGCCAGCCCUAAGCCUCCGAUGGAAGAUGUCCCGCCCACCCGCGACGGCUUCACACGCGACACCUGCUCCGACUCCAAAAUCGAUGAUGAGAGGGUCGUCGUCUGCCCGGCCUGCAAUGAGGAGCUCGCCUACGACCCCACCGGCACGGCGGCCCAAGGCUCUACCACCGCGAGUGGAAACAGGAAGCGGAAGAGGGCGCCCGGCGAACACCACUUCUGGGCACUCAAGAAAUGUGGUCAUGUUUACUGUGCCGACUGUUUCGAGAACCGCAGGCCGACAAAGGCUGCGCCCGGCGGCGUGGGGUUCCAGAGCCCGAGCGGCAAGCCCCCCGCGAGCGUGCCCAACGACCUGAGAUGUGCCGUCGAGGGCUGCGAGACAAAGGUUGCGACCAAGACGGAGUGGAUCGGGAUAUUCCUGUGA